AGGCGGCCGGGCAGUGGGGCUUAGGCUCGGCGGGCCGGCGGGGCGCUGGCGGCGCCGCCAUGAACGCGGCGGUGGUGAAGCGGACGCAGGAGGCGCUGGGGAAGGUGAUCCGGAGGCCGCCGCUGACGGAGAAGCUGCUGUGCAAGCCCCCGUUCCGCUACCUGCACGACAUCAUCACGGAGGUGAUUAGGAUGACUGGUUUCAUGAAAGGCCUCUACACGGACACUGAGAUGAAGUCUGAUAAUGUUAAGGAUAAAGAUGCAAAAAUUAGCUUCCUUCAGAAGGCCAUAGACGUGGUGGUCAUGGUUUCAGGAGAGCCACUGUCGGCAAAACCAGCCCGGAUCGUGGCCGGGCACGAGCCUGAGAGAACAAACGAGCUGCUGCAGAGAAUUGGGAAGUGCUGUCUCAACAAGCUCUCCAGUGAUGAUGCGGUGAAGCGCGUGUUGGCUGGAGAGAAGGGGGAUACGAAGGGAAGAACCUCACUCAUGUCGAAAUCUCAAGAAUGGGACAAUAGGAAUGCGAGAGAGGAGCCCAGAGUGCAUCAAGAUAAAGAGGAUAGAAGAAACUCUGAAAUAAAUGAGAGAAGUACAAGCAGAGAUCAAAAACAGAAAGAAGAACUGAAAGAAGAAAACAAGCCAAGAGGAAAGGAAAGGGACAAGGAGAAGACCAAGGAGAAUGACCGCGACAGGGACAGGGACAGAGACAGGGACAGAGACAGAGACAGGGACAGAGACAGGGACAGAGACAGGGACAGAGGCAACAAAGACCGGGACAGAGAUGUGGAGCGUGAGAGAGAGAGGAAGAACGAGGGAGGAAAGGAGAAGGAGAGAUGGAAAGACCGGGAGAGAGAGCGCGAGCGAGACAAGGGCAGGGGCAGGGACAGGCGGAGGGUGAGAAAUGAGGAGCCUGCCAGGGACCCCGACAGGGAAGAGAGCAGAGAGCAUGAUAAACCGGAGAAAAAGUCAUCAAGCUCAAGGGAGGUGUCUAAAAAGUUGACAGAUGGAUCUUUUAAAGACUCCAAAGCUGAAACAGAGACUGACAUUUCUGCUAGAGUAUCCAGGACAGUGACCACAAAGACAUCAAAACGGCGAUCCAAAAAUUCAGUGGAAGGAAGAAAGGAGGAUAAUAUUUCAGCUAAAAUUUUAGACCCCAUAGUGUCUAUAUUAAAUAAUGAACCAGAUCAGGAAACUACAACUUCAGAAAUAGGAACAAAAGAAGCUAAUACUAACUCAGCUAGUGUUUCAGAUGACAGUUCGGCUAGUCUGUGGCGUGACAACACUGAGCCGGAGCCCGCAGUGAAGCAGAAAGGUGACUCUCCUAGUGAUGCAGAAGGAGAAGUUGGACCUUCUGGCCAAGAUAAGUCUGAGGUGUCUGAGAAUUCCGAGAUCCCUACCGAGCUCUCGUCCAGUGUCAGAAGAAUACCUCGGCCUGGGAGUGCGAGACCAGCGCCUCCCCGGGUGAAGCGACAGGAGAGUGUAGAGGUGCUAGCCACAGACAGGACAGGGAGUGGUAAAACUGUCUCAAACGUGAUUAUAGACUCGCAGAAUUCUGACAAUGAAGACGACGAUCAGUUUGUGGUGGAGGCUGCCCCCCAGCUCUCUGAGAUGUCAGAGCUUGAAAUGGUACAAGCAGUGGAAGUUGAAGAGGAUGAGAAGCAUGGAGGACUUGUCAAAAAAAUUCUGGAGACCAAGAAAGAUUAUGAGAAGUUGCAGCAGCCACCCAAACCUGGAGAGAAGGAGAAACUGCUUGUCUUUGAGUCUGCAUGGAAGAAGGAGAAGGACAUCGUUUCCAAGGAGAUAGAGAAGCUUCGCGCAUCCAUCCAGACGCUGUGCAAGAGUGCACUUCCCCUGGGGAAGAUCAUGGACUACAUCCAGGAGGACGUGGACGCCAUGCAGAAUGAGCUGCAGCUGUGGCACAGUGAGAACAAGCAGCACGCGGAGGCCCUGCAGAAGGAGCAGAGCAUCACAGACUGUGCCGUGGAGCCCUUAAAGGUGGAGCUGGGGGAGCUGGAGCAGCUGAUUCAAGACCAGCAGGACAAGAUCUGUGCUGUGAAAGCCAACAUACUAAAGAACGAAGAGAAAAUUCAGAAAAUGGUGUACAGUAUCAAUGUGAGUUCCAGAAGGUGAAGGCUCAGAAGUUUGGGAGACUCAAGUCAUCCUCAGUUUGAAAACAGACAGGAAGAGAGAACAUCAUUGCUCUUGAAGUUUCAGUUUGAAGAAAACGAACAGUUUACAACAUUAUCCAACUAAUGUUCAGAGCUUUAAAACUUGAGGCAUAUUCAGUGUGUUAAGACCAUGUUUUCUUACCUUCUUCCAGCUAAAAUGCUUGCUAGUUAUAAAUAGCUCUUGAAAACACCUGUGUGAGAACUUUCUUUGGAAGCCUGUUCUUUGUGUUUCUGCAGUAGCCUGCUUUGUUUAGUUCUGUACGGCAUUCUCCAGCAGGUGAGUGCUGUCGGCUCUCCGGGAUCACAGGAGUCCUUGAUUUCAGUCUUGAAGUC